AUGGACGACCUUCAAUCCCUGGAACUUUUGUCCCUGGUAGCGAGGGUGACAACAGAGCUUCAGAAUCACUUAGGCAUAUGUGACAAAACCCUCGCCGAGUUCGUCAUCGACCAGCACCUAAAAUGCGGCGGAUCAUUUAAAAACUUCAAAAGCUGUCUCGAAGCUAUGGGAGCCGACUUUCCGCAGAGUUUAAUCGAAAGUAUAGAUCGCUUAAUGCUAGCGAUGCAUCCGAAAUAUAAAUCGAACCGGAAUGCCGCUCAAGAAGAACCUUCGAAAGCUGAUAACGACCAAGUGGCAGGGCUGGAUGAUCUGGAGCGGAAAUCAAGACUGUUUAAAGGACUAGCCGUACCAGAUAGGGAACUUAAAUGGGAUGAGGAUGAUUCCCCAGAAAAUGGUGCGAAAGGGGACGUUAUGGACGAUACCUUUGCGAUGCUUGAAGGCUUAGCUGAGAAAGCUAGAACUCGCGACAAUGGGACCUCGAGUAGGAAACGAAGUAGGAGUUCAGAUCAUGAUGAUAGUAUCCAAGGUAGUCGGCGACGAGGAAAAUAUAGGUCUUGCUCCCCAUCACAAAGCAGUCAACGGCACCCCGCGCAGGGUAGUUCCAAUCACGAAGCCUCGAGCACAAAAUACACCCGCAAGGAUCCCAGGCAUGACGAUGAUUUCAAAUACCGGGGGAGUCAACGAAACCAUGACGAUCGUGAGUGUUUUCGGAGACCUCCUAGCCCGGAACUCGACGAACGACCAAUCCUCUAUAAAAUCUAUAAUGGCCGAGUAACUGGAAUAAAAGACUUUGGUGCAUUUGUUAAUCUGCAGGGUGUUAAAGGUAAGGUUGAUGGUCUUGUACACGUUUCCGCAAUGCAAGACGGCGCCAGGGUCAAUCAUCCAUCCGAUCUCGUGGCGCGAGGGCAAUCGGUCAAGGUCAAAGUUUCUUCUAUACAGGGCUCGCGUAUCGGAUUAUCGAUGAAGGAAGUAGAUCAAGUGACAGGACGUGAUCUUGUUCCACAAAAGCGCAUUGCCUCUGGGGCGAACAUGGAAAGGCUAGAUGGGGCAGGUAUUGAUGACCGUUACGGCAAUCUCAGCUCCGGAGUCCCGGUAAUAGAGGAUGAUCAUAUUGGAAGAGGAUCCAGAGGCAAAAAGCGCCUAAACUCGCCUGAAAGAUGGGAGAUCAAGCAGCUUAUAGCUUCUGGUGCCGUUUCAGCAGCAGAUUACCCUGAUAUCGAUGAGGAAUACCAAGCCACACUUCGAGGAGAAGGAGAAUUUGAAGAAGAAGAAGAUGUAGACAUUGAAGUUCGAGACGAAGAGCCUCCUUUCUUAGCCGGACAGACUAAACAGUCUCUGGAGUUAUCUCCAAUUCGUGUGGUCAGGGCGCCAGACGGGUCACUAAAUCGCGCUGCGAUGACAGGAACUACACUGGCUAAGGAAAGGCGAGAACUUCGUCAGCAAGAAGCCCAAGAUAAGGCGUCAGAACAAGCAGCUCAAGUAGAUCUGAAUGCUCAAUGGCAGGAUCCCAUGGUCGCACCAGAUCAAAGGAAGUUUGCCUCUGAAUUGCGGAUAGUCCAGAAAACCGAAACGAUUCCUGAAUGGAAACGAGUGACCCAGAGCAAAGACGUUUCUUACGGAAAGAGAACAAAUAUGACCAUUAAACAGCAGCGGGAAAGUCUUCCGGUGUAUAAAUUCCGCAAACAACUACUUGAAGCCGUUCACAAGAAUCAGCUCCUUAUUGUUGUCGGCGACACUGGUUCGGGAAAAACGACACAGGUUACUCAGUUUCUGGCUGAGGCUGGGUUUGCAAACAAUGGUAUGAUUGGUUGCACUCAACCUCGACGAGUUGCUGCUGUCUCGGUCGCGAAACGUGUUGCUGAGGAAGUCGGUUGCCAGCUUGGUCAAGAAGUCGGGUACACCAUUCGUUUUGAGGACAGUUGCAGCCCCGAUACGAAAAUAAAAUACAUGACUGAUGGAAUUCUUCAACGAGAAAUUCUUUUAGACCCCGAUUUGAAAAGGUACUCUGUGAUCAUGCUCGAUGAGGCUCAUGAAAGAACUAUCCCAACUGAUAUACUCUUCGGUCUCCUAAAAAAGACACUUAAGAGAAGACCAGAUAUGAAAUUGAUUGUUACAUCCGCUACUUUGGAUGCGGAAAAGUUUUCGGAAUACUUCAAUGGAUGCCCCAUUUUCACCAUACCAGGUCGGACUUAUCCAGUCGAGAUUAUGUACUCGCGCGAACCGGAAACGGAUUACCUAGAUGCUGCUCUUGUUACUGUGAUGCAGAUUCAUCUUACAGAACCAUCUGGAGACAUUCUUCUCUUUUUAACCGGCCAAGAAGAAAUCGACACAAGUUGUGAAAUUCUCUAUGAGAGGAUGAAAGCUCUUGGUCCCAGUGUACCAGAAUUGAUCAUUCUCCCUGUCUACUCAGCUCUUCCCAGUGAAAUGCAGAGCAGGAUUUUUGAACCCGCCCCCCCAGGGAGUAGAAAAGUAGUUAUUGCUACAAAUAUUGCUGAAACCUCAAUUACUAUUGAUCAAAUUUACUAUGUCAUUGACCCUGGCUUUGUGAAGCAGAAUGCCUAUGAUCCAAAGCUGGGCAUGGAUUCGCUUGUUGUCACCCCAAUAUCACAGGCCCAAGCAAAACAACGGGCUGGUCGUGCUGGGAGGACGGGCCCCGGUAAAUGUUUCCGCCUAUACACAGAAGCUGCAUUCCAGUCUGAGAUGUUACCUACAUCAAUUCCCGAUAUUCAACGGCAGAAUCUAUCUCAUACAAUAUUAAUGUUGAAAGCUAUGGGAAUCAAUGAUCUAUUGCACUUCGAUUUCAUGGACCCGCCACCCACAAACACUAUGCUUACUGCUCUUGAAGAGUUGUAUGCUCUUUCGGCACUUGAUGACGAGGGCUUAUUAACAAGACUUGGUAGAAAAAUGGCUGAUUUUCCAAUGGAUCCUGCUCUUGCAAAAGUACUCAUUGCCUCUGUCGACAUGUGCUGCUCGGAGGAGGUACUUAGCAUUGUUGCUAUGCUUUCAGUUCAGAACGUGUUUUAUCGGCCAAAAGAAAAGCAGCAGCAAGCAGACCAGAAGAAGGCCAAGUUUCACGAUCCUCAUGGCGACCACCUCACGCUUCUCAAUGUGUACAACGGCUGGAAGAAUUCUCGAUUUAGCAAUCCAUGGUGCUUCGAAAAUUUCAUUCAGGCGCGGCAAAUGCGCCGUGUCCAAGAUGUUCGUCAGCAAUUGGUCAACAUCAUGGAAAGGUACCGCCACACAAUUGUAUCCUGCGGACGGAACACUGUGAAAGUGCGCCAAGCUCUCUGUUCGGGGUAUUUCCGGAACUCCGCGCGUAAAGACCCGCAGGAAGGCUAUAAGACGCUGAUUGAAGGCACGCCAGUGUAUUUACAUCCCAGUUCAGCGCUCUUCGGCAAGGCAGCAGAGCAUGUAAUUUUUGAUACCCUUGUGCUGACAACAAAGGAAUACAUGCGUUACACGACCGUGAUUGAACCAAAAUGGCUGGUAGAAGCAGCGCCAACAUUCUUCAAGGUCGCAGCAACCGAUCGUCUCUCUAAACGAAAGAAAGCCGAACGUAUCCAACCAUUGCAUAACCGGUUUGCGGGUGAAGACGACUGGCGUCUAUCAGCACAAAGACGACAAGGAAGAGGUGGUGGUGGUGGAACAUGGGGUUAA